CAGCAUUCGACAUUUUUAAAAGUUUCUCAUUCUAUUUUCACAUUUUGAUACCUUACCACGUAAAAAUAUCUUCCCAUUUUGAAAAAUUCAGAAAGGCUUUAAAAGAUAUAAAAAGGAAGGAAAAUGAGUUUUAUGAUGUGGAAAAAAAGCAAGAGAGAAGACACAGAGGAGCAUACAGAAAACGGAUGUUUCAUUAGUUAUAUAUCAGAGCCACCUACUUUACAACAUAUAGCUGCAGUGUCUACAGCUAGCAGACUAUGGUCAGAAUUAGAUAUAAAAGAAGACAUAAGACAAUAUUCAGAAAGCUAUGGUUUCGAUUCUAGAACUUGGUCGGCUGAGAAAAUUUACAAGGAAUAUGAAAAUAGAGUGUUAAAAAAACUUGCUGACAUGGUCUUGCCACAUACACUAAAAUGCAAAGUUUCAAAAAAUUUUCUACCAAUAGGAUUGCAGUUGUUCAAAGGUUUUGCAAAAGAAAUCGAAGAAUAUUACUGUUAUGGAGAAAUUGUUCCGAAUGAGGACAAAGGAUAUUGCAGAUUUUAUGAUAUCUUCAAAAUGGGAGGUUCAGUCUACUGGACAAUGGAAGGAAUUAUUGAUAACGUAACAUCUCUGAAAGAACUCAUUAAUAAUGGAGAUCAGAAAAAAGAUUUUUAUUGCUUAUAUGAAGUAGCCUGUAAAUACUGCCUUGAAGAAUGCCUCCCAUAUCUAUGGGGUAAGAUAUCAACCGACAAAAAGAAUGAACUUGAUUACAUCUAUAAAAAUUAUGCUUAUCACAUAAUUGCAUAUUGGACUGCUUCUAUGGAAAACAAAUUGCUAAAUUUGUUUGACAAGUUAAAGCAAAGUGAUGUCGAUAACAUCUAUGACAAUGAUCUUAGUAUUGAACAAAACAUGAUUUCACUGUCUAUUUUUGCUAAAAACCCAUACUCUCUCAAGUAUUUUUGGAAUAAACUGAAAGAAAAUGAAAGAAUUGUAUACUUAGAAAAAUGGUUGAACCUUGCCAUAAGUAAAUAUUCAGAUUGGGAAAGACAUGAAUAUCUAAGCUGCAACGAUAAAACGAAUAGUUUAUGUUUUUUGUUAUCACAAUUGAAUGAUAAAAAUCAACAAAAAGAGUUUUUUCAAGCUCAUUCAAAAAAAAUUUUGAAAGCUUUAUUUUAUGAUUGGCCAUGGCAAAGAUUCUUUUUGCCCACAUUCUGUAUAAUAUUGGACUGCGUUUCAGAGGAAACUUUUGUUGAAAUAAUGCCACGUAUUUUUGAGGAAAUCAGAGAAGGGAACGAAAUUAUAAUUGAAGUGUUUAGGGAAAUUUGGAUGAAAAGCCCAUUAAAAUUAAAGAAAUCAUUGAUUCAGUUCUUAGAGUAUUCUUCAGGCAUAUUCUUAUGUCGUUUUAUUGCUGUAGAUGAUGUUGAAACUAUAUGUAUGAUUUUAAAAUGCGCUACUGAGAAAGAAAGUAAAAAGAUUCUUUUUAAUAUGAUUAAGAGUUAUGGAUUAUUUUCGACUUUGCGUUCGAACAAACUGAGUUUAAUUGACACUUUAAUGACGAAGUAUCUGACUUCAAGUGACGACAUCGAACACUUCAAGUACAGCGUGAUGGUAGAGUACGGACAGGAUUUGUGCAAAGCUUGGAUAUGUGAAAAUGAUUUUCAAGCAAUUGAAACACUAUUCACGUGGAGUUUUAAAUCAGCAAAAGAAGUUCGGGAAUUUAAGGGAAAAAUAUUGGACAAGAAUAAAAUCUACAAGUCUUUAGUUUGCAUGGGUGAUUAUGAUCUAAUUGAUCGUUUCAUGAAUUGGCAUUUUGAAAAUGAAGGCGAUAUUUAUAAAUUCAAAAAAGCAUUUAUCCACGAAGUAGAUGAUGAUGAUGGUUCUUCUAUAUGUUCAGAUUUAUUAUGGGAUUUAAGUGCUCAAAAUCAAGGGUGGGAAAAUUUUGAGAAAUUUGUCAAUUAUAAUUUUUGUUCCCCUGAAGAAGUAACAGAAUUUAAAAAUACGUUCCUGGAAUCAGUAAUAUCUUUUUUAGAAUAUUACAGAUAUGAAUUUGCUCAUAAAUUCGUAAUGUGGUGCCUCGGUUCUGUCGAUAAAGUCAAUCGUUUCAAAAAUUCAUUUGUGACUUCUGAGAAAGGAAUGGCAUUUUUGGUGCGUGCUGUGCAUGAGGAUUAUCCUAAUUUUUACCACCCGAAUGAAUUAAUUAAAUGGCUUUCUAUCUCAAAAAGGACAGCUGUAAAACUUAAAUGCAAAUUGGAUAACAUCGAACCUUUUUCGGAUUACUGUAGCGAAACUGUUGCGGACUAUAAAAGGUGGGCGUUGUUUUAUAUGUUAGACAAACAUGCUGAAGGCGACAACACAGAAUACAAGGAGGAUUCUGACAGUAUUGACAAAAAUAGUGAUAUAACAGUAGAAAUCAUGAAAGCAUUCAAAAACAGAAAAUAAGAAAAUGUUUUUGUUCUUUCAAACUUAUCAGCUAUUUUAUUUUUAAAUAUAAUAAAAUGAAUUUGUAUCUUUUAUGAGAAUGCGAUCCAUACGGUUCUACAAUUUUUCAGUAUUUUAAGUGUGCUUGUUUUAAUUAUUUGUUUUUAGAGUUCUUGAAACCGUUAAAUUAUGAUCAUUGAUAAUCAUGAUUGCUUGUGAUUGUACAUUAUGAUUACUUAUAGUCACGAUGCUUGUUAACAAACAUUUUGGUUACUUGUGAUCAUGUUCACCUAUAAUCGAUUUUUGUUGUGAUUACAAGUAAUCAUGGGCAAUUUUUGUCAAAAUUUAUUGUUACUUGUUACUGAGACUAGUAAUAAAUUUGUAAUCAUGAUUACAUGCAAUCAUGACGGGGUUAAGAUUUAAAGUAGUUUAAUGUCAUGUACUUUUUAUAUGUAGUUAAUAACAGUUGUAAUUGAUUACAGCAGUCUCUUCCCAUUACUGUUGAGCAGUAUUUCAAGAAAUUUCGCAUUUUAAUUGCAUUCUUGACUAAUUAAUGAGAAAUAAAGACCAAAAUUACUUAA